UUUUUUUUUUCUUCCGCUCUUAUACUUCACUUCAGUUUCUUGUAUCGACUAGUUUCUCGGACACGUUGCGUUUUGCCAGUUGGACUAAAGGCGCAGAAUUUCCCUCAAACUUUGUCAACAAAACAAAACAAAACAUCCAAAAAAAAGAAACAGAAUGGCAACUUGCAAGAUCCUCUUUUUUCUCCUUGCACUGUGUAUAUGGUGUGGGAACUGUGAUGUGUUUUAUAAGCGAGUCGGGGACGAUGUUUCCAUGGAUUGUGGAGUGCCUCCAAACAGUGAUAUAGAUUGGAAAUUUAACAACGAGCUCAUCUUAGGCAUUAAAGGCAGAAGUGGAACUAGACGGAUGGGUUCCUCCCAUAUUACGUCAAAAGCAAAAGCAUAUGGAGACACUCUGAAGGUUCCCAGACUGGAGACAAGAGAUGCUGGAGUCUAUUACUGCAGGCAGUCAGGAAAACAAUACACUCUGUAUGUUGUGUCAGUCUUUGCUAAACCAGGCCCAGUGCUGGUGCAGUCUAGUGAUGCAGAGCUGCACUGUGACAUUACAGGAGACACAAAAAAGGAAGUUCUGUGGCUGAAACCUCCUAAUGAUCAAAAACAUAAUGAAAAAAAUCAAAUAAUUCACCUGAAGUCUGUGACUUCAGAAGAAGCAGGCCAGUGGACGUGUCAGGUCAAUGAUGAAUUGAAGCUCACUGUAACAUUGACUGUUGUUGGUCUCCAGACCAAACCUGUUAAUGUUUCUGAAGGGGACGACAUAGAGCUGCCCUGUUCUGUUCCUCAGAGUGUAUCUCAGCGUGUUGUGGGUGGGAAAUGGAAGGCUGACCACCUUCCCACAGUCUCUUUCCCAACCCUGACGAACACAGAAGGCAAAGGCUUACACUGGAAUGGCGAGGAUUUAUCAAAAGUCAACUUUACUACAGAGCAACUCAGCACCAACUUUGCUGUCACUUUGAAAAAUGUGCAGAGCAGUGAUGAAGGGACGUUUGUGUGUACAGUGGAGUUUGAGGGUGGAGCGAGUCUAAGUGUUGAGACGACUUUGAUGGUUGUUUCUAAACCUUCAGGGGUGCCCGUCGAGUCAAUGCUCCCCCUUGGCGAUGGGCAUGUGGCCACUCCUUCCAUUUGUGGUACUGCAGAUGCUCCAGACCCUGCAUUGCUUAAUCUGAAGGAGUUAAAGAGAUGUGUGGAAGAAGCUCGAGCCGGUCCAUCUGAGGCAUCUUCUACUGUAUCAUCUCAGGACAUCUCCUCAUAUUCUCCAGAUGAGCCUUCUCCCUCACAAGACACAGCGUUUGUACAGAGUUCAGCCUCUGGGGAUGACAUUGAGUCUCUUGAAAGAAAAAAGCUCAAUUUGCAGAUUAAGUUGCUGGAAAUUCAAAAUGAAUAUUACGCACAAAAACUGAAAAAAAUUAAAGAAUAGUCAAUGUUUGUAUGGUUGUUUUUUUUUGUUUUUUUUU